CUUUCCUCCUAUCUGGAGUCGGCGGAUUUCUCCUCGUCGGAUAGCAGCAAUCCUCUCCGAGGCGGCCAAGCCCCAAACAAAGGAAAGAAAAGCUCGGACCGAAAAAAGGAAAAAAAAAUCCCAAAUCCCAUAUCAUCAAGCUACAAAGCCCCAAAAUUCUUCUCCAUCUGAAAACCUAAUCCUAGAAAUCCAUCGAACGAGUGCAAGAAUUCUUCUCCUCCUUCGUCCUUCGGCGCCGCGGAAGGUGAUCUAGAUAUCGGAAGCUAGGUCGGAGAUGUCUUCGAGCUCGGGGCAGCCGCAGUUCCGGUACACGCAGACUCCGUCGAAGGUGCUCCACCUCCGCAACCUGCCGUGGGAGUGCACGGAGGAGGAGCUUGUCGAGCUCUGCAAGCCCUUCGGCAAGAUCGUCAACACCAAAUGCAACGUCGGCGCCAAUCGCAACCAGGCCUUUGUUGAGUUUGGAUGUGGCAUGGUGGCGGUACUUCUUGUCUCUGUACCUUUUGAUGACAUAGAAUCGGCGGAUCUUAAUCAAGCAAUAUCAAUGGUUUCAUAUUAUGCUUCUUCAUCUGAUCCUGCACAAGUUCGUGGCAAAACUGUUUAUAUCCAGUAUUCGAAUAGGCAAGAAAUUACAAAUAAUAAGAGCUCUGGAGAUGUGUCUGGGAAUGUCUUGCUUGUCACUAUUGAAGGCGUUGAAGCUGGCGAUGUUAGCAUAGAUGUCAUUCAUUUGGUGUUCUCUGCCUUCGGAUUUGUGCACAAAAUUGCUACCUUUGAAAAGGCUGCUGGUUUUCAGGCACUGAUUCAGUACACUGAUGCAGAAACUGCUUCAAAUGCAAGAAAUGCCUUGGAUGGACGAAGUAUUCCAAGAUACUUGCUUCCGGAGCAUGUUGCCUCAUGCCACUUGCGUAUCUCGUUUUCUGCACACACGGAUUUGAAUAUCAAGUUCCAAUCACAUCGCAGCAGGGAUUACACAAAUCCUUAUCUUCCUGUAAACCCCUCAGCAAUUGAGGGAACUCUACAGCCUACGUUGGGUCCAGAUGGAAAGAAAAAGGAGCCUGAGAGUAAUGUACUUUUAGCUUCGAUUGAGAAUAUGCAAUAUGCUGUGACAGUUGAUGUUCUUCAUAAGGUGUUCUCGACAUUCGGUACUGUGCAGAAAAUUGCAAUUUUUGAGAAGAACGGUGGAAUGCAGGCUUUAAUUCAAUAUCCUGAUGUAACAACCGCAGCAGUUGCCAAAGGGGCUUUGGAGGGACACUGCAUCUAUGAAGGUGGUUAUUGUAAGCUUCAUCUGUCAUACUCUCGUCAUACUGAUCUCAACGUAAAGGCACAUAAUGAUAGAAGCAGAGACUACACGAUCCCGGACACAGGUAUACUUGCGAUGCCCCAAGCUCCUGGUUUGCCAACUGCUGCUGCUGGUUGGCAGGCUAAUCCCCAGGCUGCAUCUAUGUAUGUUGGUAAUGAGUAUGCAGUUGGUGCACAAGCACCAGUUCCCAAUGGGCAAAUGCCAACUUGGGAUCCUAGCAUGCAGGGAGGGGCCUAUGCCUCCCCAAGCACAUACCCGGCUCAAACAUUUGCACCACCCCCUGUUUCUCAGUACCCUUCUUUGGCAGCUAUCUCUCAUGCUCCAGCUGAAUCACUUCAAGCUUCACAGUCGAUGUCGAUGCCUCCAUAUGGUAUGCCGCCAAAUGCACAGCCACAUGCUGCAUCAGCCGGCCUGCCUUCUUAUUACCCUUCAUAAGCUGUAUGUUCCCUGACAUCUUUUUGAAUCCAUUGCAUCUGUCACAAGUAUUCCACGAGUUCUAUUCUCCAUCAGUGAUCUGGUGGUACUUUGAAAUGACUGUUUUUACUGUAUGUUGCUGGUUCUCAUCACAGCUUUCUCUAUGUAGCCUUGAAACAAGUUGCCCCAGUUAAAUGCUGUCUCACUUAAAUUUGUCCCUUGGAAAAUGUUGGUUCUUUGUUGUCGGCAUAUGAUAGCAAGUUACAUAUUACAUUAGCAAGUGUUACGAUGGCCUUGCAAGAUUUGGAGCUCGACUUUGUAAUGGUCAUAUUCGAAGGAAUUCGUGACUUGGAACCAAUGCCAUUCAAGCGGGCUUGCACUGCUGCGUUUGGGGCCGUCUCUACAUUACGUUCUGCAGUCUAAACACCAUAUUGUAUAAUCAAAGGCUCGUAAAUCAUUCCAUCCAUGACUGUUGAAACAUCUUCAAGAUCGGUAAACUAGAAUCUCACAUAGCCACUUUUGAGUUCGAUAACCUUAAGUUUCUUUUUUUGAAACAUCGGGAUGACGAGGCCACAGGUUUGGACAAAUGCCACCGUGAUGUUGCUACCGGCCAAUCACUGCAGCCAAAGCGUAUGGGUUUCGUCAGCUUCCGUUGCAGUCGGUGUGCAUAGACCUCGAGGGCCCCAUGGUAAGCUGCAAGGUGCCGCUGAGAGUGCAGGAAGCGACUCUCCACGAAGAAAGACAGCCUUAAAGCGCAGGUGCUGUCCCAGAGAUGAGGUGCUUCUCUCUUCUCCUAGUUGAGUCAAACGGCAUGUCAGGUGUUUAAAAAAAGUUUUGAACAACUUAAAGCUGAGUGUCAACUCUGGGUGCAGAUUUUGGCCGGGAAUUUUAGUCA